AUGGAUUUCCAAACUAAAAUCAAGAAUUUCGUCAAGACAUUUUCUAAAGAUGGUUGGAUUUUGAAAGAGAGCAAUGGAAAGACUUAUGCUACAAAUGAAAGGAGAGUUUUACCUGUUGAAAUAAAUGAUGAAACUGUAUUUGUCACUUAUUACAUCGACGUUGACGAAGUCUUUCAAGCUCCAGUUUUAUCAGCUUAUUUUUAUACAGAAUCAGGGCAUAGAUUAACAUAUGAUGAACUUUUGAAAAUAAUGCCUGAGAAAUUGGACAUGAAUUCAGUCUCUGAAAGAAUACAUCCUAUCACUGGUAUUCCAUUAUUCUUUAUACAUCCAUGUAAAACAAUUGAAUAUAUCACCCCAAUUGAACAUCACGGAAUUGAUUUUAUGAAUGCUUGGAUAGGAGUAUAUGGACCAUUAUUUUUAUACAGAUUACCUAUUUAA